CCAAAUUGGGGUGUUCUCAUUCGAGUUGAUUUCAGUCUUUCAGAGGCUCUUGGGUUUACUUCAAGUUACCUCAAAGAUAUUGGAUGUGCGGAUGGACUCGCCACAAUAUGCCAUUACUAUCCAGCAUCUCCACAACCUGAGCUAACAAUUGGGGCCCGGAAGCAUGCUGACAAUGACUUUCUAACUGUACUCUUAAAAGACCAUAUCGGCGGCCUCCAAUUCCUUCAUCAGAAUCACUGGGUUAAUGUUCCAUUUGUUCCUAGAGCUCUUGUGGUCAAUAUUGGAGAUCUUUUGCAAUUGAUAUCAAACGACAGGUUCAUUAGCGCGGAACACAGGGUGGUGUCGAGCGGUGUAGGUCCACGGGUAUCAGUGGCUUGUUUCUUUACAACAGGAACAGUAAGCACUGGCAAGAUCUUUGAACCCAUUAAGGAGCUGCUAUCAAAUGAAAAUCCAGCCAAGUAUCGAGCCACCACAAUGAAGGAAUACGUUCAAGACUCACAUUCCAAGGUGUUUGAUAAAUCUUCUAUGUUGCAUUUCAGGAUCUAG